AUGAGCGGCGCCCUUAGAGAGGGCGGCCACGUGGACGCGGCCAGAUGCGCAGAGCGGCUGGGCUGUCUGCCCGCCGAGGGCGGCGCAGACGGAGCCGACUCUGCUGGUACCCUGAGGUCAAACCUCCAGCCUCCGGAACCCUCCCAGCGUGCGGUGUUCUGUUACAGCACCCAGGUCCUCCAGGCCACCUUCCCUGCUGCCGAGCGAGGCAGUCCCCUUUCAGCCGUGGCUCUGAACCACCGAGACGGCAAGUCCUGCUCUAAUGAAAUUGAGUUGCUCCACCUUCCCGCUGCUUGA